AUGACAGUGAAUCUGUGUGAGCUGCUACCAAACAAAACAAUAUCCAGUUAUUUCCAUUCCAUCACCAUUUCGAAAGGAUUUGCCACAAAUGAAAACACCAAGAGAGCCACCAUAGUCAUCUACCCGACUGUGUCCCCGGAGACGGUGAUCAUACCGAUAGUGUCCUGCAUCAUUGGCUUUCCCAUCCUGGCGCUGCUGGUGAUAUGCUGCCUGCGGCGACGGGCCAAACUGGCCAGAGAUCGGGACCGGCGGCGGAACAUCGACCUACAGGAUCAUGCAGUCAGUCUGGUGCGAAUUAAUGCCAUACAUAGGUUCAAUUACAAUGCCACGCGAGCUGUCAGUUUGUGUUCUGAGAGAAGUAUAAGCCACAGCAUACCAUCGCUGGAGCUGGACACGAUCCUCGAGGAAACGCUCUGUUCGGUGGAGGUGUAGCGUAAUAUAG